CGCCGUCGCGGGUGGAGGUGGCCUGCGCCGACGCAGUGGUCCAGCCCGACGUGCUAGAGGAGGUGAUUCGACGCCUCAAGGCGGAGACGUGCGAGUGCAGGACUGUUGAGUUCGACACAAAGCUGAUCGCAGUCACCGCGCUGGCGCUGUGUACGGGAAGGCUUCUUUCGGUGCAGGAGUUGUCGAGUAGUCUACGGCCAGGUCGGCUGAUGGCUAUCAAGUAUGCCGGAGAGGACCUGUGGCACGAGAGGGUUGCUAUGUGUCCUGGGCUUCGCAGCGCUGAGGGCCUCGUCGCUAGCUCGUGGGUCCUCACUCCCGACGGGGAUUUCUACGAAGAGGAUGUGCCGAUGGAGGCGGGCGAGGGCGAGCGGCUGAUGCUGCUCGAUCUGGCGGGAAUUUGCCCUCGCGCCCUGCGAGGGAAGUCCUACAGGUUCGCGGAUGGGGCAUAUCCUGCCGAUGACCGUGUCCGACACGAGGCCCAGCAGGCUGCGGCUCGGAUGCGGUCAGUGGGACAGGAGCCGCCCGCUCACACGCACUACAUGACCGUGGAGGGCCAGCUUGCUCCGCUGCCUGGCUUUGGGCGGCGGCUUCGACGGGGAGGCGGUGGACCUGCUGCCGCAUUUGGCGGGGCCGCCACGCCCCCGCUGCCGCUCCCGUCAGAGGCUCCCGCGGCGGAGAGCGAGGGGCCCCCAGAGGCCCGCGACGUGGGGGCGCUUGUCCUGGCUGCGCUGCCCGAGCGCUCCGCUCUUCGUGACGGCCUGGUGUGGCUCAUCACCGAGAAUGCCGAGGGCCACGAGGCCAUAGGCAUGGAGGUGACGCCGCGUGCUGGGGGCGUCAUCGUGACGUCGACCGACGGGCUCGUUCACAUGCACGGCACCUUCUUGCGUGUCCAGGCGGUGGCCAGCAGCGAGCGCGUGGAGUUUGUGAAGGGGCCCCGUGCGCGAUGCGGUGGCGCGGCUUCGGCGGCAGGCCCUUCGGCGCUUCGCGCUCGGGCCGCCGACGAGAUGCCCGCCCGGGACGACGACGCGCGCAUCCUCUGGGUCGACUACGAUGAGGUGGGCGAGAGGCGACCCGCGACGGUGGUGGCAGGAGUUCGCCCGCGGCAACGGCAUCUCGAAGACAGAUCGGAGAGCUUCAAGCUGUUCGGCGAGUACGACCAGCUCAACCUUGGCGCGUCGGCGGGCAUCGAGAAGAUGGUUCGGCGGAUGCUGGGCGUGAUCGACGCCUACUCCGCAGGCAGCGGGGCCCCUUCGUGGCGCGUGGCGGCCGCGUGCGAGGGCGAGGCCAACUACGGGGGCGCCAUCGCGCCAGCUGCGCGCAAGUGGGGCAUCAACAAGUUGAAGGUGGAGGAUUUUCGGGCGCUGAGGCGCCCUCGCCUCCUCGAGCGGUUCCGCUGGCCCUUCCUCGGCGCGAACCUGUUCCCGCUGCUGGCGGCAGACGUCUCGGGCGCCAUCGUGCCCGUGGAUGAGAACCUGGUUUGCCUGGAGGCGCUGGCGGAGCUCCGGGCGCGGGUGGGCGCUCGGGACUUCCACAGGCCGCCAGAAGCGGCCCUUCGGGAGUUUCUCUGUGACAAGGCGUCUGGCUACAGGCGCGCCAACAGGCGCUUCGCGCCUCCGCCUCGGGUCGACCUCCUGAUGGCCGAGGGCCUCGACCGCGUCGUGGUAGAGCUUCCCGACGUCGACGAGGAGGUCGCCAGCCAGAUCCGGGAGCGCGGCGAGCUGCUCCGUGACAGGGGCCAGCCUCUGGUCCCCACCCUGCGCGGUGACGACGCCUCGAAGACGAGGCACUGCAUCUACGUGGACAACGUCGGGGUCUUCGGGUCGGACGGCAGCGUCGCGGCGGCCAAGUUGGAGAAGGUCUGCGCGGCCUUCGAGGCGCUCGGCGCGCUGCUGGGCGGUCGCCGCGGGCGCGCGCGGCUGACGGCGAAGCGCUUCUGGCGCGUGCGAGGCGCUCUUCUGGCCUUGGCCGGGCGGCGCCGCGCCUCUGGGCGGCGGGUGGAGGUCAUCGUGGGCCGCGCCACCUUUUGCGGGUUGGUGGGGCGCGAGACGCUGUCGGUGUUUGCGACGGUCUACCCGUUCAUCAGGAAGCACUGCGACCAGCCUGUCGCCCUCUGGCCGAUGGGGGCCGCCGACCUGAGAGCCUUUGCGGGGCUCGUGGCGCUGCUGGUCUCUAGUUGGGAGCCCGACUGGAACCCGCUGGCGGUGGCCACGGACGCUUCGGAGACGGGCUGCGGCAUCUGCUCCCGCUGGUUCGACGCCCGCGGCGUCGCGGCGGGCGACCGCUGCCGCAAGCGCGACCGCUACCUCGCCGCCGACCACGCGUGGGCCCGCGCGGCAGCUCUUGGGGACGGCGUGCCUCCUUCGGAGCCGCUGGGCGUCGAGGGAUGCCUGGGCCGCGAAAGGCUACUCGCUGACCCUAGCUUCGCCGAGGUGCCCAAAUUCAUGACGGAGGAGUCCGAGUGGGCGGUCGUCGGGGGCUGGAGGUUUCGCCAGCCAGAGGACGCCGUGGCCCUGGAGGCCCGCGGCAUGCUGCGGGGGCUGGAGAGGGUGAGCCGCGCCAGGUUUGGUCGCAACAUUCGCCAGCUUCUUUUUGCAAGUAAUUUGGGGCUCGUGCUCGCCGCGGGCAGGCCCCUGUGCGCUCCCGGGUUCCGCCAGUUUGAGCCGCGCCACGUCAAUGGCCCUCGAGGCCUCUCGGAGGCCGAGGCGCGCCACCUGCCGGAACAGCUGCGGGCCCUGAUCAGCUCCGACCCGCAUUUCUUAGAGGCCUCGAGCUCCGAGAGCGAGGAGGACAGGCCGCUGGGCCACCUCGCGGCCCCUGCUCAGAGCCGCGUGCCCCGUCGGGCCAGGAAGGGAUCCCUCGCGAAGCUGCUGGAGCCGCCCGCGGCCCCCGAGCUGCCCCACUUGACCUUGGGAGAGCACGCCGCGGUGAGGCCGCGCGCCGAAACCCAGUGCGCCCGAGAGGUACACCAGUUCAGCGUCUUCGCCAACAUGAGUCGAGUGACCGACAUCCCGCUGGAAGCCCUGGAUGACCUUUUGGUGCAGUUCAUCGACCGACAGAUCAGGCAAGGGGUCACGGCUGCGCGAUGCAUGACGUUGCUGGCAGGCGUGGCGCACGCACAACCGAAGGCAGGGGAGCAGGGCCCCCGCUCGCUACAACGCAGCUGGCGGGCGCUCAAAGGGUGGCAGAACCUGGGUCCUUCAACGUCAAGGCUGCCAGAGGCGUGGCCCAUCUGGCGCGCAGUGGUGAAUAGGCUCUGCAGCCUACGCCGUUUCGACAUGGCCCUGUUCAUCUGCCUGACGUGGAGCACGUGCGCGAGGCCGAUCCAAUCGAUGGCCCCCAAGCCCGAGUAUCUGCAUGCCCCCAGUCGGAUUGCGACCUACUGGACCGCCCAACGCAACCCCGAGAUCGAGGGCGCCCCCUCGAAGGCCAACGAGUUCGACGUGACUAUCGGGCUGGACCACGACUGGCGGGGCGACCUUUCCCCGGCGCUGGAGGCCCUCAAGUCAAGCCCCCCUGGGCAGAGGGCUCGGGCUUUCAGCUAUCCCCGGCUCGCGGCCACAGUGCAGAAGGUCUCGCGGGACUUGGGUUUCAACGCGGUGGUGUGCCAGGCCAGGCACAGCGGCGCCAGCUCGGACAUGGCCACCCGCAGGCGAACGCUUGCAGAGGUCAAGAAGCGAGGGGGCUGGAAAUCCGACCGCUCCGUCGUUCGGCGCGAGAAGGGAGCCCGUCUCGGCGCGACAUGGAUGGCGCACCCGCCGCGUUCCCGCUCACACGCGGUAGAGUGCGAGGAGAAAUUCGUGGAGAUGUUG